CCUAGGAGCCACUGUUCGUUUGACCUCCCUCCUAGAAUGAAAGACUCAUGGAACAUACCUGACUGAACAUGACCUGAAGCUCAGAGCAGGACUGAUGUCGCUGCCCAACCAACCUCUUGAGAAAAUGGCAUGUAACAUACCUAACCAAAGACAGAGGACUUUGUCUACAUCUGGAGAAGCUCUAUAUGAAAUUCUUGGUCUGCAUAAGGGAGCAUCAAAUGAAGAAAUUAAGAAAACCUACAGAAAAUUGGCCCUGAAACACCACCCAGACAAGAAUCCAGAUGACCCAGCUGCUGCUGAGAAGUUUAAAGAAAUCAACAACGCCCACACAAUACUUACUGACAUGUCAAAGAGAAACAUAUAUGACAAGUAUGGCUCUCUGGGACUCUAUGUGGCUGAGCAAUUUGGAGAUGAAAAUGUUAAUACCUACUUCAUGCUGUCAAGCUGGUGGGCAAAGACCCUGUUUGUCAUCAUUGGCCUCUUGACUGGCUGUUAUUUCUGCUGCUGCCUAUGCUGCUGUUGCAACUGUUGCUGUGGACACUGCCGGCCCAAAUCAUCAGUGCCAGAGGAGGACUUCUACGUGUCCCCAGAGGAUCUUGAGGAGCAGAUCAAAACUGACAUGGAAAAAGAUGUGGACUUUCCAGUUGUUCUCCAGCCUACAAAUGCAAAUGAGAAAACACAGCUAAUCAGAGAAGGACCUCGAAGUUAUUGCACAGACUCUUAAUAUUGAGACCAUUGGGGGUCCACAGUAUCCCCUCUUGAUUCAGCCAUGUCUCCAGGUGGUCAUGGGUGGAGCAGGGUAGGGGACAUGAAAUGCUGUGAACUUUCCCACAUUCAUAUUUUAUUUUUUAGGUUAGGAAAAGAUGAUUGCUACAUAAUUUUCUCAGUAUGCAGUCUCACUCUUUGAGUAGAAUUCCUAAUGAAACACAUUCCAUUUUGAUGAAUAAAAGCCUGAAGAAUUGUUUUAUGCUCCUUGCAUGAGGUAAGAUGGUGGCACUGGACAGGCCAUCUGAGCCAGCCCUUUCUGUGACCCAGAUCUAAUUCCUUACAGACUAAAGUAGCAUUCCAAACAGAAGCCACAAUUUAUCUAUUUAACUGAAUGCAAUAUUCCUAUCUGCCACAAAUAUCAGCAAAAUAUACAUGGAAACUUAAAAGGAAUUUUGUGUGUGUGGAGAUUUUCCCCUGUCGAUAUCUAAUAUGGCUACAGAAAUAUUUCAAGAGGCAGGAAGAAAUUAUUAGGUAAAAAAGACAAAUCACUUAAUUUUAAAGUAUAUCUUUGAAAGAUUAAAAGU